CGAUAUUGACCAUGAGAUACCACUGACUCUGUGGCUCUUGAUAGCAGACCUACAUCAGUUGUAGCUUGCAGAAUAUCUCCGGCAAAAGAAACAUAUUUAGUCAAGYAAUCUAAUACUUCAUAGCCGCAUUGACUUGGUUUUCCUAUCUAUUAACAUUCAGUGAACAGCUACGAAGGGUGUCGACUGAGCUUGGCGCCGGUGCAAGAGGAUAGAAGACCGUUUUGUCUGGACGCAAAAUGUGAAGAGAAAUUGCCCUUGUUUUAUGAGGAUAAUACUCUAAGACUGACUUUAAUAGCGACAAACCAAGUGCUUCCAGUGAUUCCCAAGCUUGCGCAAUGGCAGAAGACAAAAAUAUAAAUAUCACAUCUUCUUUUACCCCCAUAAUCAGUUCAUCAGCUCAAAUCGGCCCCGAUGUGGUGGACCAAAGCUCGAGCUCUGCGGCACACCCGGAGACUUCAAAAAUUAAACCCCCUGAUGUAAAACCGAAGCCCAAACCAAAAUCAAUACUGGAUCCCGAAGAAAGACGAACGGAUUUGGACAUUGACGCGCUGGUUCAGCUCGAAGCUAAACAACACGGUAUUUUUAAAAUUGACACAAAUCUGGAAGGUAUGGUGGACAAAACGAAGGCGAUCAAGGAAGAAUUUCGACGCCAGAGCAUAGCUAAUGAGCAAUACUUCGUCAAAGACGCUCCUCCACUAGACUUAAAUUCCCUAAACACCUCAACCGACCCCAACAAGUAUAUUUUCAACGUCGAGGGGUUAAAGGGUGUGGAAGUUGUGAACCUUCUAAGAUGCGUAAUCAUCGAGUACAAAGAUAGGCCCGAACAAGGACCGUUUUUCUUUCAAUUUGCGGAUGACAAAAAGUUCAAACUAGAAUUGCUACCAACUGGUACACAGCCAGGGAAUGGCUUAAUCAAGACCGUUGGCCGACUUAAGUACUAUAGUUAUCCUGACAUGUGUCAUAUGUUGAAGUCUGGAGGUGUGACAAGCAAGGGGUUGGGAAUCAUGUUGCAGAAACUCAACACAACUGGGUUGAAGUCCGCCCUUCACAAUCAAAUCAGUCCAAUGAAUGAGCUCCAUUUUAUGCUGCUCUUCGAGAUCGCAAAACGGCUCGUGCGAGGCCCUCACGGUUACUCAUUGUCGACGGAGCCUGAGCUGGACCAGUUACCGAUCGGCGUCACAGUGGCACGAAUGAUCUCAUUGUUUUGCAAAGGAAAAAGCUAUCUGGAUUACGAGGAUGUGUUUGGAUCACAAGACAAGUACAACCCUUUUACUGAUUCCAGUGUGGUUCUACGAAGACAAAAGAUUUGUGCUUUGAAUAAAGCGUUUUUCGAGUUUGAAAUCAAAACGCAAGAGGAGAACGAGUUCAUUGGCAAGUUUUUGAAAUACCACAAUGGAUACGUGCUAAAGACGGUCGAAGGCUACUUAGAAGAACUCGACAUGGCUUUUAGGGGCCUUUGAAAAAAUGAAAUGUGAUGGAAAAGAUAAAAAACUAAAUUUACGAAUAUUUAGGCACCAAUUAUCAUGCAUAUUUAUUUUUGUUAUUGCCUGGUGUGAUGGUGAAAAAAUGGAUUGUCAAAAAGAAAGUGCUUGGUCCGUAUCAAACUCGAGCUCCUCCCUCUAACCCCACGCACCAUAGCAACCUCUGGUAACCAGGAAAAUGUAUUAUUGUAUUUUAUGUGAAUAUAAUUACAUCAUAAUAAAAUGUUUUAAGAACA